CGUUCAGCCAUCCACUUGUUGUUCAGUGCUCGAUAGUUCUCCACUCUUUCUACCAAGCCAAUCAGCCCCACUCGGAGGAAACAACACCUUCUUCUGUCCAAGGCAGGCUCCUUUCCCACACACUGCUCAAGUUGGUCGAGGCGAGUGCAGAGCUCUGUUCCUCUCUUUCUCUCUCCCAGUUUCACUACACACACUUUCUCUCCGUCACUUUGUUGUCCCCAACCUCUGAACCUGUUGACACCGUGGUGAGCGUCGAAGGAACCAGGAAGAAUCUCACUUUCACCCUUUGAAGCAUCUCUCGUGUGACGACUUGCUCGCUUCAGUGACUCAUCAAAGGCGAAGGGAAAAUCUCAGUUAGUUGUCUGUUUGGGGUGAAUGAGACGAAUCUCUCCUCGAUCCUUGUCAACUCGAUUGUACUGAAAAGGUCCUCAUUUUUUGGACUUGGUUGGGCACACAGCGUGUCUCAAGAUCGCCAAGACGGACUCCGACCUCUUAUUCCCCUCUUCUGCCUUGAGUCCGCCCCAAUUCCAUGCCAAAGUGUAUCUCCCCGCAAAUUGUUGCUGUCCGUCCGGGCCCGCCGCUGGUCUGUUGACGUCUCCGCUUCUUCGACACCCCAGCGGCAUGUUGGCCACCAUGUCAGCACUCAUGCUCCCCACGACCGCGUCCGUCGCACACAUGGGCGCCACAGCCCCCUCUCAUAUGCCCCUGCUCGCCGUGGGUCCAAACACCAAACACGGCUUGGACGGCCUCAAGUCACCCUCCGGAUCUAAGUCAGAACAUUACCAUAUUUUUGUUGGGGACCUCAGCCCAGAGAUAGAAACCCAGGCGCUGCGUGACGCGUUCGCAAAUUUUGGAGAGAUAUCCGACUGUAGGGUGGUAAGGGAUCCGCAAACUCUGAAAAGUAAAGGAUACGGCUUCGUGUCGUUCGUCAAGAAGACGGAGGCUGAAUCCGCCAUCACCGCCAUGAACGGACAGUGGCUUGGGAACCGGAGCAUCCGAACCAACUGGGCGACGAGAAAGCCACCUCCACCAAAAGCUGAAGGAGGAAAUUCAAAGCAAUUAACGUUUGACGAGGUCUACAACCAGUCCAGCCCUACCAACUGCACCGUCUACUGUGGAGGAAUCACCAACGGCUUAUCUGAAGAGUUGAUGCAAAAAACAUUCGCUCCAUUCGGUCAGAUUCAAGAGAUCAGAGUGUUCAAGGAUAAAGGCUAUGCCUUCAUCAGAUUUGGUACCAAGGAGUCCGCCACUCACGCUAUUGUUGCCGUACACAACACCGAGAUAAACGGACAAACUGUGAAAUGUUCAUGGGGAAAGGAAGCUGGAGAUCCGGCCAAUGUAUCCAACCAAGUUUCAAACUUUGGGUACGGAUCCAUUGCUGCGGCUGGAGCGUCGCAAUAUCCAUACGCGUACGGCCAGCAGAUGGGGUACUGGUAUCCGCAGGGAUAUCCGGCUGCUGCACAAAUGCAAAAUCAGUUUCUGCAGGGAAUGCAAGGCUACUCCACGUAUGGAAACUUUGGCUACCAGCAAGGGGCUUACAUGGGAAACGUUGGCGGCAUGCAAGGCGUCACCUCUUGGGGCCAAGGCUUGGGCUGUGGGUCGGCCGCCACACCACAAAUGACAGGAGCUCAGAAUGCUGCAGCCACGGCAGCAGUCUUACAACAGCCGAACGCCGGUGGUCCAUUGAUGGCAGCUGCUGCGGCCUACCCCAUGCAGCAAUUUCAAGUAUGAAUAAAUUUCAAGAUGAAGACGUCACCACAUACAAAUCUCCUUUGUUCUCCUCACGACAAUCCUUAUGUCCUCGAUGAUGAUCGUGUACGUUCGCUGAGACAGCGAGUUGCUUCGCAGUCGUUUUCUAUUUGUUUUCCACACCAAAAUUUGUUGUGUGUAAAAAGAAAAAAAACUUUUCACCGUGAGAGACGAUGAUGAUGUCCUCGUCGCGUCUCUAGUUUUAUAUUUAUAUUUAUAAAAAACCAACAAAGGGUUGCUCAUUUCGAAAUUUGUGAUGAGUCAGUUUUCUAUGUAUUAAAAAAUGUCUACUAAAAAAAUACUUAUGUGUUUUAAUAACAAUAGAAUUUAGUUUUAAUUUAGUUAAUUGUCACCAGGAGUCAUUUUAAUGUGUUAGAAAAAUUUCAGUGGACGAAAUGUAAAAAAUCUGAAAAAUCCUAUGAACUAUUAAAUCUUUUCGUUUACAAUUUCCAAUUAUUUUUUAACACCUUCUUAUCCUGAUAUAGAAAAUGUUACACUCAUCUUCAGUUGUGCAGUUUCCGUUGAACGGCGAAGCUGACAAACACAAAAACGAUAUGGACUAUAGACUAUAGCAUGUGAAUGAUGGUUAUGUGUGAAUAAAAUGAGUCGUCGUCGUGAAAUGUAACCCUGUGUUGUCUGUAAAUUACCAGAAAUAGAAAUGGUGCCGGACGACAAGCGAUAAACUUUAGUAAACAUUAAUUAGAUUAAAUUACACGACUUAUUGGUUUACAACAAUUUCUGACUUUAUUGUCCAAAUUGAUUAUUAUUAGGUGUCAUCUUUUCGUAUUAUUGCACAUCAAGUUAGUUAUCAAUAAGUCAUGUUUGUCCCAUGCAUCCCCAUAGUAAGCAAUAUAUACAUAUUCUGAUAUAGUUUGCAAAUUUGAAUUUAAAUCGAAAUGAGCGAAUUGGCAAAAUGUAGUAUGUAGUACACAUAUUUGAUGAUAGUACCUGUAAAAAAACUUAGCAUCUUACUUAAAACUGUCUAAAAUUAAUUUAUGAUUUCAUUUUAUUUAUGGAUUUGACAACUUUUUUCCUGUUUCGACGCCAAAAACAUGUGAAAGACAGUCCACCACACAAUUAAUUUGAUUGAGGUUAAGACAAAAGAGUUAAAAUGAGGUGAAUCAAGUAAUUAAGAUAAAUCUAAUUGGUCCCUCCCGCAGAUUAUAUUAGAAUGUAUGUAUCCCCGUGAUUGUUUAUCGUCUAAAGAUAUAGAAAUGUAUGUAAACUGUUGCCUCUUGUGACCAUGAUAACGAUAUAUGAACCUGUUGUGCGGAAGAAUAAAUGGAGAAAUAAGUUGUUACAUAUAAUACAAAAUUGUGGAACAAGAACAGGAAAACUUGUGUCAGCAAAAACAUAAAUAUACAGCAGUCCUAUUAUUAUAAUAGGAGUACUAAAUAUGUCGAGAUGAAAAAAACCCGUAGGUUAUAAUCUAAGCAUCUUUUAAUCCAGAGUAUGUAUUAUUAAAAAAUAGAGAGAAAUUGCUACUUUAAGAUGGAAAGUUGUCGACAAAUUGGUCACAAUUCAAUACUGCAAUCAUACAUAAGAUCAGCCAGAAUGAAAUUAUUAUGUACUGGGGUGGGUGGAUGGUUCGAAGCAAAUCGGUUGUUCCCUGGUAUGCAAUCAAAAAUCAAAUAGGAUAAGUGCAUGUAUUUAUAUUAGUUAGAGGAUAAAAUGAGAAAUAAAUAAUUAUACUAAACUAAACGAAUAAGUGCUUAACAUUACACAUGUCCACAAAAAUAGUGGUGAAUGAUGAUAAGAUGUCUAUUUAAGUACUAAUCAUAAGUGGGUAAGACGCCUUCUUGAGCUAUAACUCAUAGCUGGAGAGAGCACCUAACAUUAUUGUAAUAAAUUAUUAAAAACUUGCUACCAAACAUGGGUGUAAACAUGUAAAAUCAAUUGUAAGGUAUGUACAGAUACGGUUACAGAUAAUUUAAACAAGUGCAGCUGAGAAUGGUUUUUAUGAAUAUAUUGAUGGCUGUAAGUGUGCAUUGAUAAAACGACUCGUUUAAGUCAAAUAUGAAAUAUGAAACGAGAAAUAAAUUUGUUGGAAAUAAAUGA